CACUUCUAGAUUCGAAUUCUAGUCUAUAGUGUACUUACCUGUCCACCCUAUGAAUUGAAAAAACGAAUGCUCAUUGUACAUAUAAUUUUGGUAGACGUUAAUAUUCGUGAUUUAAUUCACUCAUUGUUCGUUGAGAAAAUUACUGAUAAGAAAAACGCUGGGACGACGUAAUAAUUCAUUAUUUUUUUUUAUCAUUUGGCGGCAAGACGUACCACAUUUUUAUCACAGUUUUUCUCGGAGUAUGCUCGUAAUAAUUGUGCGAGCAAGUAGUGAGUUGAAUUGUGCUAUGAACUUGUGUCUUUAUAUUGAAUGAUGGAAUUUCAUCGAUCUCAUCUCGGGAUGGACACCUACACACUUUCGUUGGUCUGUUUAUCAUACCUGGUGCUUUACAGUAGUAGCUCUUGCGAAGGUGCUCGUAUCUUGGGCGUAUUCCCAAUUGGAGGCAUUAGUCAUUAUGCUCCAGCCGAAGCUGUUCUAAAAGCAUUAGCAGCUCGAGGACACGACGUAACCGUAAUCUCCUCGUACCCUCAGAAAACACCUUUGAAGAAUUUCCACGAUAUCGAUGUAAGCAAAGUAAAACGCAACGCUGUCAAUUCAUUGAGUUUCGACUUGGUCAGAACAGCGUUGCAAAGUGCGUCGAAUAAUUUCUAUUACGUGGCCGAGGUUAGCAGGACUUACUGCGAAGUGGCCUUUUCGAUGCCUGAAGUACAAGCUUUAUUAGAUGAAAAAUUCGAUCUCGUGAUGACGGAAAUUUUCGGAGCAGAUUGUAAUGUUGGAUUUGCCUGGAAGUAUAAAGCUCCUUUGGUCUCGUUGAUCAGCAGUCGACCUCUACCUUGGACUUACUCUAGAGUCGGUAGUCCUCAGAAUCCUUCUUAUAUGCGUCAAGUACACAUCGACUACUCGCUACCGAUGACAUUCUGGCAACGAUUAGAAAAUACCUAUUAUUAUUUGUAUUUUUCCGUGUUUUACGAUCUGCAUCAUAAUGGACCGUUGACUGAUAAAAUGUCCAAGGAGUUUUUCGGUCCGAGAGUACCCUCUGUUAGAGAUAUCGUGCAAAAUACAUCUUUAGUGUUGGUCAAUUCGCAUCACAGUGUCGAAUCAGCUUACCCGUUGACUCCUAAUUUUAUUGAAAUAGGAGGUAUACAUAUUAAAAAAGCGAAACCUUUGCCAUCGGAUAUUCAAAAAUUUAUGGACGAAGCUAAGCAAGGCGUGAUUUACUUUACUCUGGGAUCAUUGGUUAGAACGUCUACGUUACCGAAACAAGUGAUAGAAGCUUUUCGAGACGCAUUUGCCGAAUUACCAGUCAAAGUUUUGUGGAAAUUUGAACUCGAGUUGGAGAAUAUACCGCCGAAUGUUUAUAUUAGUAAAUGGUUCCCACAAUCGGAUAUAUUGGCUCAUCCCAAUUUGAAGGCUUAUAUUACCCAUGGAGGACAACUAGGUACUUUGGAGGCAGUUUAUAAUGCAGUUCCUUUAGUAGGAAUACCAAUGUUCCACGAUCAACAUGGAAAUAUCCAGAGUUUAGUCGAGAAAGGAGCAGCAGUGAAACUUGGAUUGAAUAAUCUAGUUAAAGAUAAAAUAUUAACUGCGUUGAAAGCUGUGCUGUUUGAUAAAAGCUACGCCGAAAACAUGAAAAAACUAUCCCAAAAGUUCAAAGACAGACCCUUAUCAGCAGCAGAUACAGCCGUAUAUUGGAUAGAAUACGUUCUUCGUCAUGAAGGAGCCCAUCACUUGAGAUCAGCAGCAACAGAUAUGCCUUGGUACCAGUAUUUCUUAAUCGACGUGAUAUCUUUCAUAGCUAUAAUUUUCAUUUGUUUCAUUUUCAUCAUUCGUUAUAUAAUCAAAUUCAUUGUAAACCUCAUUUUGAGAAACAUUUCAUCUAAAAAUAAAUCCGAUUGAGUUGGCGUU